AGGAGGAGGAGGAGGAGGAGCGUGGGGCUGCAGACUGAGAGAAGAGGUUAAAUUUAGAGCAGAGUGUCACCGCUGAUGACCUCAGGCAGCCGUUCUGGGAGCAGCUGGUUCUCCUGAGCUCCAGGCUGGUUCUGCUUAAAGUCAUUUAAGGGACUUUAGUUCUGCUCAGAACGCAGCAGCAGAACUUCCAGCUGCGGCGCUGAUCCACAUCUCUCACUGGGACCGGGACAGGAGGCAGGAUCCACGUUUGGACUAAAGAGGAGCAGCCGGUGCUGAGGCGGGUCAGCGGAGAACCUUCUGACAUCAGGUGAGACAUGCGAUCCAGGAGCUGCUCCACGCCGGGUCCAGAUGAUGGACGCCUUCAGCUCCACGCUAAAGGCUUCAGCAAGCAGCAACAGGUGGGGGAGGAGGAGGAGAAAGAAGCCUCGGGGAUGAUGAAGAGGAGGAUGAAAGCUCAGGGGAGGAUGAAGAGCUGUCAGAACUCUGCAGAGAGCCUCCAGACGAAGACGCCUGAUCUGUCAAAGAAGGACCUGAUCCAGCUGCUGGGAGUGAUGGAGGGAGAAGUUCAGGCCAGGGAGGACAUCAUCCGCCUGCUGAAGUCAGACAGAACCAGACCAGAGACCCUGGAGGCCCACUACGGCUCCGCCGCUCCCUCCAAACCUCUGCAGGCGCUUCAGAGGGACGCCGGUCUUCUUCAGGGCCACCAGAGGACCGACGACGUCUACGAGAAGCCCAUGGCUGAGCUGGACCGUCUGGAGGACAAGCAGAAGGAGACGUACAGACGGAUGCUGGAGCAGCUGCUGCUGGCGGAGAAAUGCCACCGCAGGACCGUCACCGAGCUGGACAGCGAGAAGCGCAAACACGCCGACUUCAUGAACAAGAGCGACGACUUCACCAACCUGCUGGAGCAGGAGAGGGAGAGACUGAAGAGGCUGCUGGAGCAGGAGAAGGCUUUCCAGGCCCGGAAGGACAAGGAGCACAGCAGGAGGCUGGAGAAGGUCCAGGAUGAGCUCGUGAAGCUCAAGUCCUUCACGCUGAUGCUGGUGGACGAGCGGCAGCUUCACGUCGAGCAGAUCGACCAGCAGAACCAGAAGAUCCAGGACCUCAGCCACAAGCUGCAGGAAAAAGAGAAGCGGCUGGCGGCUUCAAGUGACGCUGCCGAGGAGGACGGCCAGAAGGUCCUGAAGUUAGAGGCUGAGCUGGAGGUCCAGCAAGCAAAGUUUAGCCAGGAGCACGAAGACACGACGGCCAAGCUGGCCGCCCAAGUAUCUGAGAACCAGCAGCUGAAGCUGAAGCUGGACGGGCUGACGCAGAAGACCGAGGAGCUGGAGGAGAGAAACAAGGUGCUGCAGAAGUCUGAGGAGGACCUGCAGGAGCUCAGGGAGAAGAUAAGCAAAGGAGAAUGUGGAAACUCCUCCCUCACCGCCGAGCUGGAGAACCUGCGCAAGAAGGUCCUGGAGAUGGAGGGGAAGGAUGAGGAGAUCACCAAGGCAGAGACGCAGUGCAGGGAGCUGAGGAAGAGGCUGCAGGAUGAAGAGAACCACAGGAAGGAGCUGAGGCUGGAGCUGGACAAACUCCAGAAGAGGAUGGUGGAGCUGGAGAAGCUGGAGGGAGCGUUCAGCAGGAGCAGGAGCGAGUGCUCCCAGCUCCACCACAACCUGGAGAAGGAGAGGAAGGUGGUGAAGGAGCUGGGCGGCGAGAUGGAGAGACUGAAAGCUCAGCUGAAGGAGCUGGAGGCCUCAGAGUCCGAGCUGGAGAAGACAGAGAAGGUCCUGAGAGAAGAGCUGCUGAAGCUGAAGUCUUUAACCGUCCUGCUGGUGGACGAGAGGAAGACCGUGGCUGUGAGGCUGAAGCAGGAGGAGCAGAAGAACGAAGAUCUGAGCGCCAUGCUGAAAGCAGAGCAGAGUAAAGUCACACAGGUGACCGAGAAGCUGAUCGAGGAGAGCAAGAAACUUCUCAAGUUCAAGGCUGAGAUGGAAGUCCAGCUGGAAGGUCUGACGCAGGAGAAGCAGGAGCUGAGAUCUUCCCUCAGGAGCAGGGAGGAAACGUGUGAAGAGCUGCAGGAUAAGCUGACGGGGAUGAAGAUGAGAGUGGACGGGCUGGAGGAGAUGGAGACCCAGAGAAGGUCGGCCAGCAGGGAGCAGAGCAGAAACCCAGAAGAAGACAACAAAGUGAAGGAGCUGAGCUCAGAAAUCGACCGGCUUAAAGGCCGACUGCAGCAGCUGGAGGUGGUGGAAGGAGACCUGAUGAGGUCUGAGGAUGAGUACGAUCUGCUGGAGAAGAAGUUCAGGAGCGAGCAGGACAAAGCCAACGCGCUCUCCAAGCUGGUGGAGGAGAUGAAAAGCCAGAUCUCCAGAAACAAAGCUGUGGAGAGAGGAGAAGUCAGGAGUCUGGAGGCCCAGCUGAGGAUCCGCUGCAAGGUGGAGGAGGCCAAAAGCAGAGAGCUGCGCUCCGAGGUUCUGGCCCUGAAGGAGAAGAUCCACGAGCUGAUGAACAAGGAGGACCAGCUGUCCCAGCUGCAGGUGGACUUCUCUGUCCUCCAGCAGAGGUUCCUGGAGGAGGAGGAGAGGAAGAGGAGCAUGAGUCUGGAGGUGGAGAACCUGACCAAGGAGCUGGAGGCCACCAAGCGCUACGGCCGAGCCCUGCGGCCCGGUCUGAGCGGCAGGAGGAUGGUGGACGUCCCCGUAGCCUCCACGGCCGUCCAGACGGAGGUCAUGACCAACGGGUCCGCCGAGGACGAGACCGCAGCCGGUUUCAUCCGCAAGUCCGUCCUGGAGGAGAACCACCUGAUGAACAACCUCAGACAUCUGAGAAGGCCGGCGGUUCCUGAGCGAUACGCUGCAGCGUCAGCAGAACACGGAGGGAGAACGUCCUCCACGCCCUGGACCAAGACCAGAGGGUCCUCCUCGCUGCGGCCGCCUCCAACGGCCCCAAACCCGGGACAGCCGCUGCACAUCCGCGUGACACCAGACCACGGCACCAGCACGGCCACCCUGGAGAUCACCAGCCCCCGAUCCGAGGACUUCUUCUCCAGCACCACCAUCAUCCCCACCCUGGGUCUCCAGACGCCUCGCAUCACCAUCAUCCCCAAACCCAGCGGCGGCGUGGCGUCUGCUGGGGCAGGAGGUCCUGAUGGAGCCAGGUCCAUCAGCAGCAUCUCCAGAACCAAGAGUCCAGAGCAGCCCUGCAGCAGCGGGCCUGGGGGGCCGCCGUCUCCGGUGUCCAUCAUCACCGUCAGCUCCACCCCCGUAGCUGAGGCCUGCGCCGCCGAGCCUCAGGACGGCCGGCGCUCGCUCAUCAAGAUGACCUCUGAGAAAUACAACAGCAACAUCAUCACAACAGAGGACAACAAGAUCCACAUCCACCUGGGCCCGCAGCUGCAGAGGACCUCUGAGGGCCCCGCCGGCAGGAACGGUUCUCCAGCAGGAACCGUUCUCCGCUCCCCGCGCCACAACAAGGUGACCAGCAGCAUCACCAUCACCCCCGCCACCUCUGCGGCGCCCCGGCCGGCGCCGUCCGCGCUCAGUGCAGAUGUGCAGCUAGCUCGCGGCGGCGCGGCCCCACGGAUCCCUGUGUGCAGAGGCGGGAAGCUGAACGGGAAGACGGUUCUGGGUGUGUCUGCUGUGACCAGGCUGGAGUCUCGGGCUGAAGGCCAGGCCAUGAAGAUCGAGCUGAGGAAGUCGACGGUGUGCAGCCCAGCCUCUGCUGCAGGAGGAAAGACCUGAACACGUCCUGGUCCCUCUUUGGACUUCUUCUGGUUCAGUUUGCUGCGCUGACCCGCUGCAGAUCACAAGGCCUGCCGGGCCUGGUUCUGUUGGUUCUGCUGGUUCUGUUGGUUCUGCUGGUUCUGCUGGCUUUAGCGUCCUGAUGAACCAGCAUGCUGCUCUGUUUUUGCUUCAGACCUUUAAGUUCAUUCUAUGUCUGACAGCACGCUCCAUGCCACUGCUGCCCUGAUGCUCUGUGAGAUCAUUUAUGACUAAAAUAAAAACUAUUUAUCUAAAACCCGA